GUAGCUACAGAUAGUCAGUCUUGUGAAAACCUUCGACGUGAUAGGAGUGACAAUUAGAACUGCAAAGCAGAAGAUUCAGUCAAACGAGUGUUCAACUUGAGAAAAUCUUAAUAAAUAAUUUUGUGAAAAUAUGAAAUCAUUGAUGUGCUUGACCCUUUUGGGUCUCGUUUUGUUUGUGGCUUACGCAAAUGCCGGUUGUGAUGAUAAUUCAAAAGAAUCCGAUGAAGGUGAUGUUAAAUCAUGGUUUAAAAAUCUCGGCUGUUCCAUAAAGAAAGGUGCUGAAGAUCUCGGUGAGCAAGCAAAACCAAUUGCAAGCAAAAUAAGUGAGACAGCUAAGGAUUUUGGAAAUACAGUAGCACAGAAAUAUGAUGAGUUGAAACACAAACUCACUGACGAUACAGCGCAAUCAGCCUCAAGUCCAACUCCAAUUAACUUAGGCGCACCAACUGAAAAGGUACCGUUAGCACCAUUACAUGGUGAAGUGCCAAUCCCGACACCAACAGGUGAGCAAAAGGAGCAAUACGGUGUAACGCCUGUUAGCAUUGACGAUCGUUUCCUUUUACAGCCUAAUGAAUGUCCGAAAGGCCAAGUGCUGGAUCACAGAAAUAUGUGUCGACCAGAGUAAAAGAACAACAACAAAUACUGUGAUCCAGUCUCACUUGUGAUAUCUUUGCACCGAUUUCUGGAUUGACCUGUGAGAUUUUUAUUAAAAUAAAAACUUUAGAAAAAACUGUUAUUAACACCAAAAAAAAAUUUUGAUGAUUAGAGAGAAUAUAACUAAGAAGAUGAGAUAAUGACGAUUAUGAUGAUGAUGAACA